AUGUCGAAUGAAUGGAAAAUGGAAUGGGAUCUGGAUUCUCAUCUUUUAGAAGAAGAUAUUUUUGCUUCAUUUCUUAACACUCAAGAACCGAUAUAUGAGCUUAUCCAACACUUCGAACCCCCUAAAGAAGAUGAAGAUGGAAAUGAAGAUGAUCCUGAAAGCAAGCGCAUUAAAAGAUUAGCAAAAAACCGAGUUUCAGCAAGAAUUUCUAAUAUAAAAUAAUUAUUUUAUUUAUUUUGCUUAUUUAUUUAAUUUUUAACCUUUAUUUUUAUAAAAAUUUUAAAAAAAGGGCAAAUUUUCUCUCAACCUUUCAGCAAGAAACACACGUAAAAAGAAAAAACAAAACCUACAAUACCUAGAAUCACGUGUUGCAAGCUUAACUGAAGAAGUUGACAGCUUACGUCAAGAAGUCUGCGAAGAAGGCGAUGAAAAAGUAAAUGACCAAAUGUCCCAACAAUACAGAUCAGACAAGCAGUCAAUGUUUAACCAACUAAACAAUCUCCUCCUCUCAGGCAGCCACGACGAACAAAUAAAAGACAUUUUAGAAACCCUCCGCAUCAAGAUGGGUGCAAAUGGUGUAGAGCGUCAAGGCUACAUAGAAUACGUCAUGCACCAAAUCGCUGACAUCUCUUUGCCUGGACAGCUAAAAACCUUAUUAAACAUGUGCGCUGAUAAAGACAUGUCCUCGUCGCUAUUUUGAGACCAGUCCUUAGACACAACGGUCCUUACCCCAGAACAAAAAGAAAACAUUGAAACCCACCUACAAAAAAUCACAAAGAAAAAAGAAGCGUAUGACCGGUGCAUAAAUAAUUUGAAAAGGAUUAGAAAAUGCUUAUUAAGGCGAACUGGGCAUCUACAAAAUAUAAUUGAUUAUAUUUCAUCAAUGCUAACACCUAGACAAAUAGCAGCUUUGUUAGUCAGAUUAAAUAGUUCAGAUGAGUUAUUAGAUCCAUUUGAAAACGACGAAUAA